CAUGAAGAGGCAAAUAUGAAGAAAAUGGGGUUUCAACACAGAGAAAAACAAAUUCCAAGAGAUGCUGGGGUCAGUAUACAUGCUGUCUAUUCUCCUCUACCUUCUGGUUCUUCAUCCUACCUCUGUACUAUGAUAUUGAUGCUCUGAAGAAGACCCUGUAUCCCAGCAAUAUUCCUCAUCUAUAAAAUAUUUGUGUUCCUCUAAACCCAAAACACACAAGAUGAUGUCCAGGGAAGUUAGAGGAACAUAAGUCAGCUGAAGAAUUAGGGGUAUGUUCCCUCCUGUCUACCUCCCCAGUUCACCCUGGCCCGCAUCCGGUUUGGAGUGACCAUGUCUAUGGAGACAAAGGAGGAUGUUCUUCCACUUCUAACCUCAAAAGGACACACUGGAGGCAUCUAGAUUGAGGUUACAGUUAUCCUUUGAGGAGCUGUAAGAAGACUAUUUGGAAGUAGAUCAAAUCUAGAAUAAUCAAGUGUGAAAGGACUAUGGUUGUGAGUAGUAGCAAAUAGUACUGUUGCUACUGCUGCUACUGUUGCUAUACUGUGUUGAUAAAUACAAAGUAUAGUCAUAAAGGUGGGGGAUUGAAUCAUGAUCCAGAAUGAUAUGGCUGUUAAGGCUUUCCAGGUCAGCCAGACAGUUGAGAUAAUCCUUAUUCAAGUGAGAAACGAAUUUGGCCCUCCUUAUCUGGAGGAGAGGGUUGGAAGGAUGAUGGAUGGAUUUGGGGCCAUAUAGUAGGACUGAAUUCCUAGGCUGAGCUCCAACGACCUCCGAAUGCCCCAGAGAUAUCUGUGUUCCAUCUGAUCUGGUCUGCAGCAAGUCCACAGAAGCUACACUCACUUUUUCCUGCUGAAUUGUCAAAAUAAUUGCCCUUCAGCCCAUGCCUCGCUACCCUGUAGACAGAAUCCACUCAUUUCCCUGUCACAUGGGCUACAAUUGCUACUUCAAAUGAAAACCUGGGAAGCCAGUUCCCUGCUGCGGUUGAAAGUGUAUAAUUAGCUCCUCGUGCAACCUGACCCCACUGAUCUUUCUGAUGCAUGUGGCCUAGAGUGUGCCCUUUCUGAGACCUCCAAUGUCUUCUCCACAGCUGGGGGUGCCCAAAACUGCAUGGAGCACUUCCUGCGGGUGUGGCCUUGCAUUCUUAGGGCUGCAGGGUACCCGCCGCAUGCAAAAUGGAUCACAGGCUCCAGCCACUCACAGAUUCACAAUGCUUUUAAAAAUACAGCAGUGGAGUAUGAGUGGCUAUAUCAGAUAUGAGGGUUUUCCACCCCCUCCCUUUUCUUUUAAAAUAUGAUUUUGUAAUGGUGGCCUCAAGAAACACUAUAAUUGGUCAGCCUGGGGUGCGUUUGAAGGCCUUCCCUAUCGCGUCAUUAGCUAUUCUCAGGAAAGGCAGGGUAUCCCCCUGGGAGAAUGACAACACACUUGUUUCAAGUUAGGGAAGAGCCUGUGGUUCUCUUCCUGCGUUCAGGGGAAAGCGAACACACAAUGUUCGUUUCCUAAAUACGGGAUGUGCUGUGCUGGCAGGUCAUUUUCCACCAUGUCACGUCCUUCUGGAUGAAGGCAGCAGGGGUCAGGACAGGAAAUGGCAAAUUCUCAGAAUGAGACAAGGCUUUCCCAGGGCAGCCAUUGGUUCUCUGGGACUAUAAAGCACACUCAUCCAGAAACAGCCUCAGAUUUUACUUUCCUGGAGGCAGACAGAAGUGAAUGGGAAUGGAGAGGCCGGCAGCCCGGGAGCCGCAUGGGCCGGACGCACUGAGGCGCUUCCAGGGGCUGCUGCUGGACCGCCGAGGCCGGCUGCACGGCCAGGUGCUGCGCCUGCGCGAGGUGGCCCGGCGCCUGGAGCGCCUGCGCAGGCGCUCCCUGGUGGCCAACGUGGCUGGCAGCUCGCUGAGCGCAACAGGCGCCCUCGCAGCCAUCGUGGGGCUCUCGCUCAGCCCGGUCACCCUGGGGGCCUCGCUGCUGGCGUCGGCCGUGGGGCUGGGGGUGGCCACAGCCGGAGGGGCUGUCACCAUCACGUCCGACCUCUCGCUGAUCUUCUGCAACUCCCGGGAGCUGCGGAGGGUGCAGGAGAUCGCGGCCACCUGCCAGGACCAGAUGCGGGAGAUCCUGAGCUGCCUAGAGUUCUUCUGCCGCUGGCAGGGCUGCGGGGACCGCCAGCUGCUGCAGUGCGGCAGGAACGCCUCCAUCGCCCUGUACAAUUCUGUCUACUUCAUCGUCUUCUUCGGCUCACGUGGCUUCCUCAUCCCCAGGCGGGCGGAGGGGGACACCAAGCUUACCCACUCCCAGAUGCAGCCUGAGUAUGCAGUAGGCCUUUCCUGAGUGGCUCCCAAUCCAGUCCUCCAAGUACUCAGAGGGGAAGCCGGUUAAACCAUCAUCUAAGUCCUGCUCCCUCACAUGAAGAAGCUGAGGGCCCGAUAGAUGGAGCGACUGCCAACUUCAUUUCCCGACAUCAUUGUGUUCAGAAGAGAGUGAUGGGUUGAGUUAGACAAUCCUGGGCUUGAGACAGGCUUUGUCACUACUGUGUGAGUGUAGCCACCUAAUCUGUCUUUGACUGUGUAAAACAAAGAUGAUAAAACCUCAUCCGGUUGUGAGAUAUUAAAUGAGCCAAAGUGCCUAGCAUAGUGCUGGCUCAUAUAGUGUGGUCCCUGGAAUGGCAGAUUAACACCACCCGGGAACUUGUUAGAAAGGCAAAUUCUUGGACACAACCCCCCUGACUUAAUGGAAUCAGAAACUCUGGAUGUGGAGCCCAGCAACCUGAGUUUAAACAAAUUCUCUCCGUGGUUCUGCGGCACGCUAAGGUUUGAAAACCACUGCAACAAAUGCUAACUUCUAAUCCCCUUGAUGAGCUUUCACGAAGUUUCGCAGCUUCUCUAGGGACUCCACGGUCUUCUGAGUCGUUCACAGAUGACCAAGGACAGACUGUGUCCCAGAAGCCAAAAUGAGAGAGAGAGAGCGCGCGAGCACCCGUACGUGCAUCCUGAGGCAGUGUCUCACCGUAUGAACUAAGGGAUGUAACACUGUCAGUCCAUUAGAGGGCAGUGUUUCCCAUCUAUUGUAGAAACUGGUACAGAAAGGAACGUGAAGUUCCCGAAACUGACCUUUCUCUAUUAUUACCUUCUCUGAAAAGCGCCAGUCCAUGCAUUUUUUAUUUAUUUUAAGUUUGUAAUUUAAUUAUUGUUUAUUGUUUGCAUUUAAUUUUAUUUAACCACCACGUUUAGAAAAUAAUAAGAGCAAGUUUCUAAAUGGGAGACUGCUGAGGCUCUUUGCAAGAGAUGAGAUUAAGUUUGAGUUUCUAAGGCAGGGCAUGGGCUGGAAAUAGCAUUGCUUUCCUUGAAUGUCUCUCUCCUUCAGGGAGACUUUUAUUCUCUAGUGUUUUAAGUGAUCCUUUUAAGUAAGUGCGGAGAGUCUUAAAGAGCAAGACCAGGAGCUGAGUUUAAGCUUGUAAUGGAGGCUUGCAUUGUGGGAUUUAUAACUGAGGAAGCAUAUUUAUCCUGAAAGUAUUUUACCAGAAGAUAACACUUAACCUGGAAAAGGAACCUAUUUAGUUCAGGAAAGAUAAAAAGUUUAGAGGUAUGUGAAGGAAGCACUUAAACCUUGCAAGCCUGAUGUCCUAUCAAGUUACGUCUUAUGGGUGACAGACAAAAUAACCCGUCUUAUGGUGGUGAUGUGUUGCAUUUUCACUUCGGGGUCUGUAAGAAACCGUCAGCGAAAAUGUAUACAAUUCCUUCAGUUUCCAUUCUUAACAACUGUAAUGUUGAAAAAUAAGUUGAAAAGUCUUUGGGACCAUACAUGCAAAAACUGUGCCUCUGUUAUUUAAUUAUUUAAAAUUCUGUAAAUGUACCCAAUCUGCCCCCACCCUUCCCAAUGAUGGCAGCAUGUCUGAGGAAGUAGAAUUUCAGUGCCGGGGUUGUGGAGAGGAGGUGAUGCUUCUGUAUUUUUAUUUUUCCUAUAAAUCGCAAUUGGUCUGUAUUGGUCUGGUUUAUUUUGAAAUUUAUCUUGGUUUAUUUUCAAACUGGUGUCAUCUCCUAGACUGCUUCACCCAGAUACUAGCUUUUUUUUUUUUUUUUUUUUUUGAGACACUCUGUCACCUAGGCUGGAGUAUAGUGGUUUGAUCUCGGCUCACCACAACCUCCGACUCCUGGGUUCCAGCGAUUCUCCUGCCUCAGCCUCCUGAGUAGCUGGGAUUACAGACAUGCAGCGGCACAUGCGGCUAAUUUUUUGUAUUUUUAGUAGAGACACAGUUUCGCUAUGUUGGCCAGGCUGGUCUUGAACUCCUGGCCUUAUGUGAUCCACCCACCUUGGCCUUCCAAAGUGCUGGGAUUACAGGCAUGAGCCACCUGGCCUGGCCAGAUGCUAGCAUUUUAGAUCACCGGAAUGUACUUCACAUUGUUAGUUGUGUUAUGGCAUAAAGGUACAACCAUUCCCUAACUCCAUGUUUUAUUAAUGCUUAAGUUUAAGUUAUAUUCUUCCAAUGCCUGAGCUAUUCCCUAGAAAUAAACUGGGCAAUUCUGGAAGCAGAAGCCCUAACAGCAGCAGCAAACUUUCCUGUCAUUAGAAUAUUGUGGGUGUAUCAAAAGUUCUAUACUUUUGAAGUUAUGAUUUCAGUGACCCACUUUAUUUCUAAGGAAUAGUGUCUAUUUUGGAACAAUGCUUUGCACAUAGUAGGAACUCAAGAAAUGCAUUUGAAUAAUUUAAUUAACUGUUUAGCUAUGUUAAUGAGAAUUUGUUGAUAACAAAAGAUCAUCCAUCCCCUUAUGUGUGAGUAAGAUUGGAGCCUCUAUCAAGAUUUAGUCAAGUUCAGUUAGAUUGAUUCUAGAAACAAAUAUGUAUUUAUUUCUUUUACGGGAAUGUGAAUAAGGCUUUUCCUCAAGGCCUUCAUUCUAUAAACAAACAGGUUGAAAUCGUAUGUUGUAAAGAGAAGAAGGGAGAGGGAUAUUUAGAUGUGAAGUGUACUUCACAAAAAUGUCAAAGUUUGAAAAAUAAGUAUGUUUGUUCUAAAUGUUUAAGUGCUUCUCUGUUAGGUUCCUGGGUUUGCAAUCAUUUGAAUUGUUUUGUUUCACAAUAAAGGAGAUUCAUUGGGUUCUGCGUUUUAAGGAUUCAAUAAAACUGCUCCAUUAAAAAAGUAAUCCUUAGCAAACAUUCGGAUCCUAACUGCUUUGAUGCACUUGCCCUCCGGCACCUGUCAUUUCCAAUAUGGUAAGUGUCAAAGUCAAAAGUAUUUACUGGGAGAAAAAGGAGAGGAGUGGCUGUAGAAGUCUCCCUAAAUCAGAUAUGUCAAGCAAUCAGCCAACAUGGUAUAUUUCUCAUUCAAUAUUUUCGUGUGAAUUGAGACACUGAGAUAAAGACAUUGUGCAGAGAUAAAUGGGGAUACAGUUAAAUGUAGCAACUCUUGAGUUCAUUUUUUUCCCACUGUAGCAAAAUUAAUGCUUUCUCUUUAUUGAAAUAAAUUGCUCAUUUCUCAAA